CCUUUAGGUGCACAGCACUGUGACUUGUAUCGCUCAAAACCUGAAACAUUCAUACUGUUAAUGUUUAACUUGGCCUGUUAACAGCUGGGAGGUCAAAGCAUGAAGGCAUUGCAGUGGGCACACAGGAAAGGCAGGCAGCGGAGCAGGGGGAGCAGUGUGUCGUCAUGCUGUGAGAAGUCCUGUUGAGCAGUUUGUAAACUUACUUCUUAGAUUUAACUUUAACUUCUUGGCUUAACCUGCCUGUUACAGAUAAUGCAAAGGGGGGGUUACUGUAUCUAACAGGAUUUUGCUGAGGCAUCUCAACUGAGAUCCAAUGCACUCAGAUAUUUUGUGUCUAGAUGAAGUAGCUUCUUGCCCCGAAGAGUUGAUAAUACAGAUGAGGAACCCAGGAUGGGGGACAGCAGCCUUAGGGGGUGAAGGAAUUUGUAGCAAGGUCCUCCUUGCAUCCCAUCCUCAGGCUCAGACUGAUUCACUGAUCUGGGUUUCUAGACCAAAACCCUGCUCAAAAAGUCCUUGUUUGGCACAGUUCAGGUACCUCACAUAACCCUCCGGUGGCAGUCUUAAAACAAAAACCCCACAGCUUAUCUUAAAUGAUGAUGAAAGAGCUUAAUAUUCUUUCCAGAUCAAUCCAUACCCAGUGUAGGAGGAGCAAGGAACAGUAGCUAAGCUAACAUCCCCCUUGGCAAGCUAGAAGAGGAAAGAGAUUUUAACUAAAGAGAUGGAAACCCCCGUGCUCUCUGCCAGUACAGGGCCUGACUGUGACGAGCUCCAACCACAGCUAAAAGCAAAGUCUCUGUCCCAAAGAAUUUGCAAUCUACUUUGCCUAAAAGCUGCUUUUAUCUGCUCUUCUGAUGACCAGAAAGGCUGAGCAAUCUGUCUAGUAUCACAGCAAAACUCUGUGGCAGAGAGAGACGAUGAACGACUGGGCGCCCAUCGCAAAGGAGUAUGACCCGCUCAAAGCCGGGAGCAUUGAUGGCACAGAUGAGGAGCCCCACGACCGUGCCAUAUGGAGGGCUAUGCUGGCACGCUAUGUACCCAACAAGGGAGUUACAGGAGACCCUCACCUCACCCUGUUUGUAGCAAGGCUCAAUCUUCAGACAACAGAAGAGAAGUUAAAGGAGGUGUUUUCCCGCUAUGGAGACGUCAGAAAGCUCCGUCUGGUUCGAGACCUGGUCACGGGGUUUUCCAAGGGAUAUGCAUUUAUUGAGUACAAAGAGGAGCGAGCCCUCAUGAAGGCCCACAGAGACGCCAACAGGCUGGUUAUCGAUCAGCAUGAGAUCUUUGUGGACUUUGAACUGGAAAGAACUCUCAAAGGAUGGAUUCCUCGGAGGCUUGGAGGUGGUUUUGGAGGCAAGAAAGAAUCUGGGCAGCUCCGGUUUGGAGGACGGGACAGACCUUUCCGAAAGCCCAUCAAUCUGCCAAACAUGAAAAGUGAUUUCUAUGGAGAAGGAUCAGCAGAGAAAAGAAAUUGGUCUCGUGAGGGAUCAAGGGACUGGAGAACAAGGGACCGAGACCACGACAGGAGCAGAGACAAGCGGUGGCCAGAAAGGGAGCGGUCGUGGACCUGGGGUGAAAGCGAGAGGGACUCCAAAGAGGAGAGGAGCAGAGGGAGGGAGAGGAAGGACAGAGACAGGAAGGACAGGGAUAGAGACCGGAGCAGGGAAAGAGAUUCCAAGAAGCAAAGAGAUGAUGACAAGCACCGGGCCAGAUCCAAUUCCAGCUGAUAAAGGAAGUGUGUAGUCACUGAGGCGUUCUGCUGAGCGUGUCUGGUUCUGCCUGCUCAGCCUUGCUAUUGUGACGUCCACACAAAGGACUGCUGUAUUAAUGCAGUAAGUUUCAAAUGUCAAAGUUUAGUAAUUUUUCACUUUAUCAUUAAAUUGAGUAAGAGAAAAACAUGCUUGAAAAUCUCUGCAGGAAGCAGAAGGCUUUCUAAUUCCUUCUGAAACAAUGAAAAUUGUUAUUAUGCCAUGAAAAUUCUCAUGGAGGAGGUCUGGAAAAAGCAUGUCUAUGUGGAGAGGAAGGGAAUUUAAACACUGUGUUGCUGCUGCCAAUAUAAAGAUCACUAAAGCAGCAGUUCUAAUGCAAAGAGAUUGUGUGUUAACAGCUAUCAGUACAUCUUCCAGAGACAGCCAAGGAUAGAAUAAUAGAAUUGAUUAUUGGGAGUGUAAACUCUGUUCUGAAAUACAUAAUUAGAGACAAAAUAUACAGUGCAUAGAUAGAAAGACAUGGAAGCAACAGCCUAUAAUUAACACUGGAAAUUAAUAUAGAUCCCAGCCAUUAUACUCUGUAAAUCUAACAAACUGAUUUGUAACAAGUCAUUAGAGUGACAGGGGUUUCUUAAACAGCAGUGGUGUGAAUUGUGAAUAGACACGCUGAGUAAGCAAAAGUAACAGAUGCUGGUUAAAAAUCACAUAUUGCAGCAACUUCCUCAGGAGUAAUGAUUGGUUUAGCAUGGUACAUUAGGGCAAAAGUGAUCAAAUGUCAGUACUGGAGGAUUAGCAUGGAGAGGACUAUGAUGAGUUGUGUACUGACUGGUCAUUCUGAUUGGCACUUUGUUCUUCUGUGAUCCCACAGGCAGCCGAUGAGAAUGCAACCAGCAGUGCAUGUUAACACGGGGUCAUGCAAAAGGAAACCACAGUACCAAACAGUAUUACAAAACAAUUCCUACAAGGGACACAAGUCUUCUUAUUGGCUGCAAUGUGGGAUCGUCUGGAAUCAAUCCAGCUGCUACCAUGGGCAUUAUGGCUGUAAAGAUCCUGGUCAGGAAAGUACAGACACAGAAGAGGUAAGACUGGAGCAAGGGAAAGAAAAAGCAUUCCAUUAAAAAGAAAAGAGGCAAA